AUGAAAAAUUGGCUCAACGAUCAUGGAGCGAUUGUGGACUAUACAGACACUGCACCUUCGCCUUGCAAAGAUUUUUACCAUCUUUUCAUAACUCCUGAACUUGUUAUUUACAGAUUAUGGAAAAUUGUGCCUCCAACACGCUCCGAUUCGUCAAAUCCGCCGUCAGAAGUGAGGGACUCGCUGGAAGAUUUUCAAUACGAUGAGAGACUUCACAGCGAAAUUCAAAGAGUCGGUGGAGCGAAUACGUUAGAUUACAUUACUAAUAUAUGUCAAGGAAAAAUAGACUAUUUACCUCGACUGAAAGAAAAUAUUUUAUUAAAGAUAUUGCUUAUGUUGGAUUUAGAAGAUCUCGCUCGCCUUGGUCAAGUUUCUAAACAAUUCAGAACUCUUUGUAAUUCUGAUGUUUUAUGGCAGAAGAUUUAUAUAAUGAACAGUGAAAGUGGAGUUACACCAGAUGUUGAAUCUCUAGCAGCUAGCAUUGGGUGGAAAAAACUCUUCUAUACCAAUAAACUACAAUUACAAGUUCAACUUCGUCGCCAGCGAGCUCAUGAAUAA